UCUGGAGCACCCACCCAAACAAAAUAGCCCUUCCACAAGGAAGAGACUACAGGACAGUGUUUACAAAAUCCUCAUUAAGGAAGUUGUGAGAUAACACACUCACGCUCAUGUGCAUCACACAAAGUUGAAGGGAAAGCACGCACGCACGCACACACACACACACACACACCAGCAAAGAGACCAUAAGCACCACCAUAUCAUAGAUAAGGGACAGAAAGAAAGAGCUGGGAAGAGAGAGCAGGGUACAGAGAGAGACUGACAGAGGAGAGGACACAACAGAGAUGAGUCGGACAGACAAAGACAAGAAUCGGCCACCCUGCCAGCGGAACUACAGCCCUGUCGCCGAGGACAUCAAAAGGUGUGCAUGAAAAUAAAUGCUGUGAGAACUGGAGGAGAGCAUCAGGAUUACACACACCUUCAGAGAGACUCACAUUCUUCAGUGCAAGGGUCAGAAACUUGUCGCAGCUCCGGCCAGGAUACCAGGACUUUCUUAGGCUACAGAUGAACUGAAUACGACUAAAAUUAAUUUUGGAUUAAGGCGAGCAGAGAUUAUAAUAGUUUUCUGUUACUGUUGCAUGAACUCAUCCACAGAUAACCCCAGGGUGCAUAAAUUACAGUGCUGCUGAUUGUUUCUCCCAUGGCGAGCAUUUGGGCCGCUCAACUGUGGACCAUUUGCAGCUUCAAGACUUUAUUACUACUGUUUUCCACCCUGCUGCUCCGGGGCCCUCUCUGUGGAGAGAGCAGCCCCAUAUCCAGCUCCCAUCAGAGAUAUCGCCCCGCUCCAGGGCUCGGGGACGGUCAUGGAGGGGUGGUGGAUCCUUCAUUCCUGAAUCAGGACACCAACGUGGACAUGCAGAGCCUGGUGGAGAGUCUGAAGGAACAGUUUCUCCGCACUUUCAACCUGUCUGGCUUGGGCCCUCCGCCCAUGGCUCCUGGAAGUACACGAGAGGAGCCGCCUGAAUACAUGAUGGAGCUCUACAACCGCUUUGCUAAUGACCGCACUGCCAUGCCCACCGCUAACAUCAUCCGCAGCUUCAAAAAUGAAGAUUUGUCUCCCAGUGCUGUUGGUGUUGGAGGGGUGAGGCGCCACCCACUCCUCUUCAACGUGUCAGUCCCCCAUCAUGAACGCGUCACAGCGGCUGAGCUUCGCCUCUACACUCUGGUCCAAACUGACCGCCACCUCUACGCUGGUGUCGACCGCAAGGUCACCAUCUAUGAACUGGAAUCACACAAUGAGUACGGCAACAUGAGUGAUGCGAACACAGAGAGAGGAGACGCAUUCAGCAACGCAGAGGAACAGAUAGAGCUGGUGGAACUGGCCUCACGGCAGGUCUACGGCACCGAUAACGGCUGGGAGGCUUUUGACCUCACGGCUGCAGUCCAGCGCUGGCGCAAAUCUGACUCCGGCACGACGCAUCGGUUAGAAGUGCAUAUCGCCAGCAUUGCUAAUGAUAACGGUGUCCCAAGUAUGACAGAAGAUAACAAAGACAGGAUUACACCUGAGGGUGACAUGAAGAUUGACACCAGCCCAGAGGAAAAACACAAACCUCUGCUUAUCGUUUUCUCUGAUGAUCAAAGUAGUGAUCAUCGUGACGACAAGCGAGAGCUGAACGAGAUGAUUGACCAUGAAACCUCUAACAUGGCUGGGGACUUGGGGACUGGCCUGAACGGGCUGUGGGGGGAACUUGGAAGGAACAGGGAGGAGGGAGAUGACGAUGGUGAACCAGAUGAAGAAGACCUUAUCCAAAUGCGCUCCAAUCUGAUCUACGACACAGCAGCCCGGAUUCGUCGCAAUGCCAAAGGAAACCACUGCAAAAAACAAUCCCUCUACGUAGAGUUCAAGGACAUUGGAUGGGACAGUUGGAUCCUGGCCCCCACUGGCUACGAUGCCUUUGAGUGCAGUGGCAUUUGUUCCUUCCCGCUGACGAAGCAUGUCACACCCACGAAGCACGCCAUUGUCCAGACGUUGGUCAACAUCAACAGUCCCCAGAAGGCAGCGCGAGCCUGCUGUGUGCCCACCAAGCUGGACCCAAUCUCCCUGCUGUACCUGGAUGACACAGGAGUGGUCACGUACAAGUACAAGUUUGAAGGCAUGGUGGUGGCUGAGUGCGGCUGCAGAUAGUCCAUAUUUUCAAAGAGUUAACCUCUUGGUAAAGUCUUACAGUCAGAGGAAGGACACAAAACUAAUGAAGCUGAAAAAGGAGAUCAACCAUAAGAGAAGGACAAUUGUUGGAAUCUCUGCAGGCGUUAUUCAGUGAUACUGGAAGUGUGCAUCCGUUAUUCAUGAAACUAUGUGCACUCCAUAUGAAUGAGUGUGGACAAAUAUAUAUUUUGUACCAUAAGACAGAAACAAAUAUUGCAACUUAUACAACACAUGCAGUGAUAGUGCCAGACAGUGGGGAGGCUGUAGAGGUGUGCAGCAGAACUACAGUAACAUCAGUGCGUUGAGAUUUUCCAAAGAGCCAGACCCAUUCUGCAGUCUGCGCGGCCUGGUGGGAACUAGUGGGCCCAGUUGUCUCCCUCCCUCUCCUUUCCCCUGACAUCUGUCUUCCUCUCCACUUAUCUCUGGCCUCCCCGCUGGAUGCAAACACUAAUCAGCACUUCAUGUGCCGUGGCGCAGUGAAAUGACCUCCCUGAGGCAACCUGACAAGACAUGAACUCUCCAGGCCCACCUCCUGCCUCCUGCAGCCCCCUGAUACGUGGGCGCUGUGCAGGGUUCCCAGUGGCGGGGUUAUCUGUCAACCCUGUUUCCCACUUCACAUGCCUCUUUUCCACUCCCCUGAGCUGCAGCGAUAGCGAGGUGUUGGGGGUUGAGAAACAUGAGUGCCACCGCUCAGGCUUGGAGAACUUGAAGCCAUUCUGGGCAACUUUUGUGAGGGGGUAGCGGGACAGGACAAGAGGGGGGCAGGGGUUGUUCACAUUCCUGGGCAACAAACAACCUUAACGGGCUCAACUCACUGACCUAGCACCCUCUGCCCGUGACAUAUGUCCUUGAGUCAUUCAUCACGUUUAUGGUAAAAAUGGUCUUUUUGGAACAUUGACUCUAAGGGGCCACACUGUUGCAUUGCAGAUACCCAAAGAAAAUAUAGUUAUUUUCCUUUGUUUAAAGCCUUUUGAUACCUCUGCUGCUUCCGUCAAAUAAAAGACUAUUUAUUGUUCUAAUUUAUUGAUUUUUACAACAGAGUAGAUAACUAUAUAUGUACAUUUUUAAGUUAGUCUAGACCAGGUCUUGUAACCGUGACAAAGCAUUUGCAGCACAAAAUGAAUUUUGUUGGGAAGAGAAAUGGUAACAUUUUCUAAAACAAUAAAGAACAAUUCCUUCAUAAA